CAACUGCACAGCAUCAACGAGGAUUAACCAGGUUCUGGGGCACCCAAACGGCGCUGUCGUCGCUACCCUCGAAGCGUACCAAGAUGCUGGAUUGAUUGAUUGAACAAGAGUCACUUUUGAAUUCGCAUUGAACUCCUCUCGACUCCAAUGAAGUUGUUUGUUGCCCUCGUCGCUGCGUCCGCUGCCGCCUCCAAGCAGUCCGUGAGCACCCUCUCGGCGGAUGAGCGGUCCGUGCUCCGCGCCGAGCUCGCCGCGUGGCGCAAAGAGUUUGAACCUGCCGCCGCGGCGCUGGGCGUGUUGCCCCAAGCCAUCAUGAGCAUGUCCCCCCAAGACGCCGAAGAGGACGCUCUCCAGCGGCUCUACGACAACAAGGUCGCGAUCGAAGAGGCUAGCCGCAACAACCCCGAUGCCACGUUCGACGACAAGAACCCGUUUGCUCUCAUGACGCAAGCUGAGUUCAAUGAGUUCGUGAAGGGCAUGUCCCUGCAGGAGACUCCCAGCGCGAUCCACUCGGUCCCCGAGGCCGAUUUGAACGUGCAGGAGAGUCCCAGCGCGAUCUACUCGGUCCCCGAGGCCGAUUUGAACGUGAGCAGCGUCAAGGCGGCGUCGGUGGACUGGACUACCCACAAGUGCGUCAACCCCGUGAUUGGCAGCCAAGGCGGUUGCAAGAAUGGCUAUGUCUUCGCGGCAGUAGCUGCCGCCGAGAUGGCGCACUGCCUCGUGACGGGAGAUCGCGUCGACCUGUCCGAGCAGCAAGUGACGAGCUGCUCCACCGUGCAUGGAACCGCGGGGUGCUACGGCGGAAUGCCGCAGGGCGCCAUGACGUACCUGUCGAAGAACGGAAUCUGCUCGGAGAGCGAGUACCCAUUCUUGUCGGGCCUCGGUCUAACUGGCACGUGCCGGAGUCACUCGUGCACCAAGCAGAAGCUCAGCAUCGGCGCGCCGGUCCGCACGUGGAGCGAGGAGUCGCUGGACUUGGUGCUCAACACGCAGCCUGUGGCGGUGUCUGUUGCAGCGACCAAUCCCGUGUGGAAAAACUACCGCGAGGGUGUGAUCUCGCAUUGCAAUGCGCAGUACUCGGACCACGCCGUCCUCGCCGUGGGCUACGACGAGAAGUCGUACAAGCUCCGCAACUCGUGGGGCGACAAAUGGGGCGAAGGCGGCUACAUCCGGCUCCAGCGCGGUGUGAAGGCCAGAGGCACGUGCCACGUCGCCGAAAACAUCGUGUUCCCCAAGAUCGAUCGUACCCCGAUGCCUCCUCGUCCUGCUCAGUGCGGCAGGUGCACUGGGUGCUUCCAUCCCUUCGAGGGCGAGUGUUUCUCCGCCGAUUACGACAAGGACUACUGCGACAGCAACAGUGCGUAUGGCCUGGUUUGGUGUGGUGACAUGCCAACUCCCACGCCACCCCCGGUGACUCCUCGUCCUGAUGUGUGCAGCCGCUGCACUGGGUGCUUCUAUCCUUCCGAGAACUGGUGUUUGCCCGCCAAUUACGACAAGGACUACUGCGACCGCAACAGUGGUGGGUUUGGCCUGGUUUGGUGUGGCCACCGAGUCGACGGCAACUAAGCCCACAACUACCAAGCGUAAGGAUACCCCGUAUCCUACUACCACCAAGGCUCCUCGUACCACACGACCAAGCUUAAACUUUCCACCUAGUCG